GGGCACUUAACUUUGAACAUUAGUCAUUUGUAUGAAAGGCUUCGGGAGCGUAACUUCAGCAAGUCUGCAGCCGGACUCCUGCUCCUCCACCUCUGUUCGAGCGGCAUGAAAAUGCUGGAGGUUUUUUAAAGUAUAAUCAAGCUGAGUGACUGCAACUUAAGGAUUAAUACGCAAACUCUAGAUCUGAGGCUGUCUUGCAGAAUGCGCGCUGUGUGUGUGUGUUAUUCGUGGACUUGCAGACCGCUGUGGCCAGUUUUGAUUUUUCUGGCUGCAAUGCCCUGUUUCUCUCAGUGCUCAGAGAGUCCAGCCACAGUCGUUGGAAAAAUGUAUCCACGCGGAAAUCACUGGGCAGUAGGUCAUUUAAUGGGAAAGAAGAGCAUUCAUAAACAACCUACACUGCAGGAGGCAAACCUUGGCAGGGACUACCUCACACCUUCAGAGCCAGUCCAGAUCUAUAAGCUUGACCAAAAUAAGCAACCUACUGUAGCUCUGCAACCAAAGAAGCCCAAACAGAGGGUGCCCCACAGGCUGCCUCGGCUCCACAGUGGCCGGAGAGAAGAGGGCAGAGAUGAAUAUCACCGAGAGCUGUCAGACCUGCUUCAUCUGGCUUUGAAACUGAAGGACAGUGACUCCUCCUGAAUGCACGACAAACCGUGUCAGACAGCCACCGGUAUUCUCUUCUCUGUAAUUACGUAUGAACACUAAUGUAAAGUUUCUGAGUAAGCACUGGAAACGUGACAAAUGUAUACAUUUCAGCUCUCUCAGAUUUCUACAUGUUUACCGCACAAUGUGUCGAUGGCUGACAGGGUGUGUAUCUGACGAGGCUGGCAAAGUUGUGUUACAAAACUUGAGGGACUGAAAUAAACAUAAUAACGUGAUAACUG